AUGCAAGAUUUCAAUGAAAUUUGCCUACCCCUAAAGCAUCUGCCUCAGUUGCUGAAUGAGCUUCCUGCUGAUGCAGAAACAUUCUGCUAUGUCGGUGGCACUUCGGUGGCUGGGCAAUGGUUGGUUGAAAAAAAAACGGGCGGGGGCCACUGGAGCAGUGGGCUACAGGUGGCAGCCGGGGAGCAAGCGGUGGCCAGGGAGCUGAGCGGUGCAGGGAGAAGGCGGCGGCCAGGGCUGAGUGCGGCCAGGGAGCUGAGCAGCACAAGGAGUAGGUGGCGGCCAGGGAGCAGGUCUGUCGAGGGCACUGUAGCGGCGGCGGUCGGAGGCGAGGAGCCGGGGGCGGCAGGGAGCCGAUGGCCGGAUUCAGGAGCUAUUCCUAGGCCUACAAGUGAUGAGAUUGACAUCAUGGAUUCCAAUGGAUCAGAUCGAGAUAUGGUGACAGACUAUAGAGAUGAUGAGGCAGAUGGGGAUGGAGAGGAUCCUAAUACAAGAGAGGGAGAUCAGGAUGGAGACAAUGAGGAGGAUGGAGAGGACGAGGACGAGGAGAAUGAGGAGGAGGAUAGGUACGAGAAUGAGGAGGAGGAUGAGGAGGAUAAGGAGAAUGAGGACGAUGAGGAGAUAGAGGAGGCUGAGGAGGAUGAGUCAAAUACAGUUCUUCAUCACUCCGGGGAUGACACCAUAGCAUUAGAUCCAUCAAGCCUCCCAUCACAGGCGGAGAAGGACCCUAUAAGGGGUUGUGAUUUUAGUCCCCAUCAGCCCAUGCCUACUAUACAACGACAAUACAAGUAUGGAGAGCCUAGUGGGUCCCAGUCUUAG